UCCCUCAACAUCCUCUCCUCCUUCCGCCGUCGUCGCCGUCUCCCGCGUACUUUCAUCACCGUCUUUUACGCUUAACGACCGCGCACCACACAAUGUCUCGUCCUUCGCGGACGCACACAGGCCGGUUCUUCUCCGGCCUGUCGUUCCUCUUUGUUCUCUUCGUCGCACUCAUCUGCCUCUGCCCGCCAGUAAGCGCAGAUUCAGAAAAGCCUGAUUAUGGCACUGUCAUCGGUAUUGAUCUUGGUACAACGUAUUCAUGUGUUGGUGUUCACCGUGGGGGACGUGUCGAAAUUAUCGCCAACGACCAGGGUCACCGGAUAACACCAUCAUGGGUCUCUUUCACUGACGAUGAACGAUUAAUUGGUGACUCGGCAAAGAACGCAUUCCACUCCAACCCAGAAAACACCGUGUUCGACGCUAAGCGUCUCAUCGGUCGUAAAAUGGACGAGCCCGAAAUCAAGCGCGACAUCAAGCACUGGCCUUUCAAGGUCAUUGAGAAGGGUGGGAAGCCGUCGGUUCAGGUCCAAUACAAGGGUACCCCCCACGACUUCACUCCCGAGGAGAUCUCCGCCAUGGUUUUGACGAAGAUGAAGGACACCGCUGAGGCUUAUCUCGGCAAGAAGGUCACUCACGCCGUCGUCACCGUCCCAGCUUACUUCAACGACGCUCAGCGUCAGGCCACCAAGGAUGCCGGUACCAUCGCCGGUCUCCAGGUUCUCCGUAUCAUCAACGAACCUACCGCUGCCGCCAUCGCCUACGGUCUCGACAAGAAGGGUGGCGAGUCUCAGAUCAUCGUCUACGAUCUCGGUGGUGGAACUUUCGAUGUGUCUCUCCUUUCCAUCGACGACGGCGUCUUCGAGGUCCUCGCCACCGCCGGUGACACCCAUCUCGGUGGUGAAGAUUUCGACAACCGUGUCAUCGAGUACUUCACCAAGCUCUACAAGAAGAAGACCGGUACCGACGUUUCUGGCAACCUUCGCGCGCUUGGAAAGCUGAAGAGGGAGGUCGAGAAGGCCAAGAGGACGUUGUCUUCCCAGCAGAGCACGAGGAUCGAGAUUGAGAGCUUCGAGGGCGGAAACGACUUCUCCGAGACCUUGACCAGGGCCAAGUUCGAAGAGUUGAACUUGGACCUUUUCAGGAAGACGAUGAAGCCCGUCGAGCAGGUCCUUAAGGACGCCGGUGUUAAGAAGGAGGAUGUCGACGAGGUUGUCCUUGUCGGUGGUUCGACUCGUAUCCCCAAGGUCCAGCAACUCCUCAAGGAGUUCUUCGGUGGUAAGGAGCCUUCCAAGGGUAUCAACCCCGAUGAGGCCGUCGCCUACGGUGCUGCCGUCCAGGGUGGUAUCCUCUCCGGUGAGGAGGGAACCGAGGAUGUUGUCCUCGUCGAUGUCUGCCCCCUUACUCUCGGUAUUGAGACCACUGGCGGUGUUUUCACCAAGCUCAUCUCCCGUAACACCGUCAUCCCUACCCGCAAGUCCCAGAUCUUCUCGACUGCAGCCGACAACCAGCCCACGGUGUUGAUCCAGGUUUUCGAGGGUGAACGUUCGUUGACCAAGGACAACAACCUCCUCGGCAAGUUCGAGCUCUCCGGUAUUCCUCCCGCUCCCCGUGGUGUUCCUCAGAUCGAAGUCACUUUCGAGGUCAACGCCGACGGUAUCAUGAAGGUUGGCGCCGCCGACAAGGGAACUGGAAAGUCCGAGUCCAUCACCAUCACGAACGAGAAGGGUCGUCUGUCCAAGGACGAAAUCGAGCGCAUGAUCAAGGAAGCCGAAGAGUUCGCGUCCGAGGACGAAGCUCAACGCCGCCGCAUCGAAGCUCUUAACACCCUCUCUUCCUACAUCUACAACGUGAAGGGCCAACUCGGCGACCAGGAGGGCAUGGGCGGCAAGAUCUCGGACGAGGACAAGAAGACCAUCUUGUCGGUCACGAAGGAGACGACGGACUGGAUUGAUGAGAACGGGCAGAGCGCGACGGCGGAGGAGCUCGAGGAGAAGUUGAGCGAGGUCCAGGCCGUCGUGAACCCCAUCACGGCGAAGUUCUACGAGGGCAGCGCAGGAUCAAGUUACGAGCCGGGUGCAGAGGAUGAGGAGGAGCCGUUCUACUCGCACGAUGAACUGUAAUUGGUGUGUGCGUAUUUUUGAGGGGGUGCUCGGUAUGGAUUUGUUUGGGUACAUUCAAGUAAUUAGAAAGCACUCGUAUUGGUUUCUUAUUUGC